AUGAAACAACACUUAGAAAAUGUUGAAGGUCUCCCUCUGCCCCGCCCUGGUUGUCAGGGGACACAUCAUGGGUUUCCCAUCUCCGUGAGUGACAAAGGUGCCCUCUGGGCCAAGCCAGCUGCCCCGCUCCCUUGGGACUUCCACCCACAAGAGAACCCCUCCCUGUCUAGGACGGGAGGAGCCAUCCCCGAGCUGGACAGAAUGGCCACGUCAAGAACUCUGCCCUCCCCGCCCCUGAGAACAGUCAAAACUAGCGCCUGCUGCCAGUGCUCUACAAACAUAAACCUUUCCGGUGGGGACUACAGUGGCCUCCUCGGCAGUCAUCCUCUUAGUGAGGCCUGUCCCACCUUCCUCUUUCAGAUGGCAAAUCGCCCUUCAUGCUCACCUACCUGCACCCUGACCCCUCACACUGGCCUCUUUUGUCUGUCUUUUAAAAGAGUGCUUUUCACCUUCUAA